AAAUUAAAAGAAUCUGUCGCCAUCUAGUGGCCAAAAGGAGAAAUCAACACCUAUGUGGUGCACUGAUGAACAGCUGUGCAGACAUUUACACUUUGCCUUGAAUGAAGAAACGCCACCUUACAGAGGUAGGAUGCAGUGACAUGCUUGUGUAGCGUGAGAUUGUUAAGACAACCCAACAAUAACUUUUCACACACGGUUUUGGUUAAUUACUUCAAUCGAUUUAUUGGUCUUUAACCGUUUGAUGCGCAGUAUGGACUGACUGGGAGAGCAGAGGCCUUAAUUGAUAAACUCGAUCGAUACAGUGGGUGGAGCUUCCUGGUUUAAAGCCAGGAGAAGAAGCUGUUUGAUGAGAAUGGAGGAGGUGCAUUCUGUCUGUGGAGAACCUCAGGCCAUGUCGCACCAACUUUUUGGAAGUUUGAGGCGCAGUGGGGGGAAUUUCAUCCCGUCGGGUCGACAGAUCCCCAGGACUCCUCCUCCUGCAACCACCCACAGUGAGGAUUUUAAGGUCUGUGUCUUAUUUCACAGCCGUCUAAAAGCGGAACCUUACCGGCCUGAUACACAAUCAGAGCUGUGCACCUCUUCUCAACAGACUGCGACCAGAGAUCCAGAUGACAGCGACCAAACCCGGACAUGUGAUUUUAGCAGUUUGAAGGCAAAAACGGCAGAUGACCCCAUUUACAUGCUGAAGGGGAUGAAGGGGUAUCAGCUGACUCCGGGUGACUUGGAAUUCAUUAAAAAGAUGAAAGAAGAGCAACUCGUGAAGAAACUUGAGGGAGACUUAAAAGAGCUGCAGGAGCUGAUAAAAACGGAAACGACGGCCUUGGAGCGGGCGAGUGGUUCCAGGGAGAAGGCAGAGGCUGAGCUUAACACGUUUCCUUCCUGUGAGCAGCUCAGAGAGUGGACGAAGCUGGUCCUCAGAAGGAUGUCUGCUCUGACCGAUUUCACAGACCUGGACACCAAAUCUCUCCUGGCCAUGGUGACGAUGGAAGACGUCCAGGGCGUCAUGCAUGACAAGAGGGCUGAACUCAAUCAGAGGAGGAAAAUGGUGGCAAACAAAAGAAAGAAAGAAGCUGAGGAGAGAGAGCAGCUUGACAAACUGAAGAUACAGACACUGAUGAGGGAGUUAUGUGACCUGAAAUCUGAACUUGCACAGCAAGAGGAGGCUUGUAAGCUGAAAGCUUCAGAGAAGCCAACGAAGUCCUUUAAAACUGCCAGAGGGAAACAGAAGAAAGUUAAAGAUCAAGAAUUCAGUUCACCAGAGGCUGUAGGAGCUACAAGAGUGAGAGGAAAGCACGCUGGAACUGCUCCAACCACAGCUUCACGACCAAAAGAUCAAAGUACAUCAGCAGCUCCUCAAGCAAAUAAUCAAAGUGAAGUGAAAGUUGGUGAAGCGGAGUCCACGUCACAACAGAAGGCCCCGAAGCAAAGUAGAAAAACAUCUGCAGAUGGUGCUGGACAGGAGACACAAAACACUGGUCUGAGAAGAUCCAAGAGAGUCGCCAAGAGGAGCUGCAUUUGAGCCUGCUUCAAUUCAUAAUUCAACUGAUUCCAUAUAUGAUAAUGUAGGUUAUGCACAUUUUUCUAUACUUUUAAUCAUUAAUAUUACUAUUUCUUAUGAAAAAUAAACUUGAACAUUCCCAAAACUAGAUGCAUCCUUGACUUUUCCUG